CGACUGUACACAGAUUGAUGUAUGCUGUAGGAGCAUCUAGCAGUAAGAGGCGGAAACCUGACAGAUCAUGGAGGAAGAAUUCACCCCUCUGGACUGUCUACUACCCACAGGAAAGCAGCAGAUUUGUUUGAUCAUCUUAAAUCAGCCGCUGGACGAGAACUACCUCCACGUUCUGUGGAGUAAAGCGGUGAUCCGUGCUUGUGCCGACGGAGGGGCUAACCAUCUGUACCACCUCACAGCCGGGCGACGAGAAAGUUUUCUCCCGGACUACAUAAGCGGAGACUUUGAUUCCAUUACGCCAGAGGUCAAAGCUUUCUACUCUGAAAAGAAAUGCAGGCUGAUAGAAACAUCAGAUCAGGAUCUGACCGACUUCACCAAGUGCCUCGCCCUCAUGCUGGAAGAAACGAAACAACGGCAAGUACAGGUGGACGUCAUCGUCACCCUGGGUGGACUGGCCGGUCGUUUCGACCAGAUCAUGGCUACCGUGGAGACGCUGUACCAUGCCCAGAAAAUGACCAAUCUUCCCGUGGUCGUCCUGCAGGGUGACUCGUUGGCCUGUCUGCUCCGAGAGGGGAGACGCCAUAGGCUGAAUGUAAACACAGGUCUAGAAGGCAAUUGGUGUGGCCUGAUCCCAGUGGGCGGGCCUUGUCUCACACUCACCACAGGAUUGAAGUGGAACCUAGAUAACCAGGUGCUCCAGUUCGGGAAGCUCGUCAGCACAUCGAACACGUAUGAGACGCGCGAUCCUGCAGAGGGGAGAAAACCUGUGACUGUUGAAACAGACAAGCCGCUGCUGUGGAGCAUGGGGAUUAGGCUCUAACAACCCAGGCCUGCAGUCUUUUUCCAUGUGCCUUACUCGUAUCUGAUAUUCCACUGAUGAAGACAAUUGGCAGUGUUUCACUGUUUUUAUUAACGCAGCCAAAUACAAAUUAUCGCAAUGCAAAAAAAGAAAAAGGAUAA